AUGUCUACUGAAAAGGAAUUCAAGCCUGUCACCGUGGAAAAGCCUAUCCCUACCACCUAUGACCUUGGUAACUUGGCUACUUUUGAUCCAAACCCAUUGGACAACAAGAAGUUGAACGAUGUUGAACAAAGAGAUGCUUAUUUGUCAUCUGUUACCAGAGACAACGUCCAGUUGUUGAUCAACCAGAUCUUGUCUUUGCCUGUUAAGACCACCACUGAAAACCAUGAUUCUUCUACCGGACAAAACUCCACCAUGACCUUGAUUCAAUUACCAGAUCCAACCACACCACUUCCAAGAGAAAAGGCUAUACCUAAGGCCAAGGCUCUUACCAAGUGGGAGAAGUUUGCUGCUAAGAAGGGUAUUAAGGCUAAGGCCAAGGAUGGUAAGAUGGUUUACGACGAAGAAGCUGGUGAAUGGGUACCUAAAUGGGGUUACAAGGGUAAGAAUAAGGAUAUUGACAGUCAAUGGUUGGUAGAAGUAGAUACUAAGACUAAGGGAACUGAAAAUGAAUUAAUCGAUCCAAGAUCUUUGGCUAGAGCUGAAAGAAAGAGAUUGGUUAAGAAGAACGAGUUACAACAUAAGAGAAACUUGAAACAUCAAGAAUAG